UCAUGGCGGCCUACAUGGCGAGACGCUGUUAUGUUCUGUGUGGUAAUGUUUGUGCAAAUGUAAUUAUUCCGCAGCCUUUAAAACAUGGGAAUGGUCGAAUAAAUCUAUUAAACGACACUCUACAACCGAACGCAGGCUAUGGAACCCGGAGCACCGACAAUGAGCUGCUGGAUACCCAAGUGCACAUUCCACUGGACCGUCUGACUGUGUCUUACUGCAGAAGUAGUGGCGCCGGUGGUCAGCAUGUCAAUAAAGUCAACACAAAAGCAGAGAUCAGAUUCAGUGUAUUAGCAGCAGACUGGAUCCCUCAAGACGUUCGACAGAAAAUCCUGGAAAAGAACAGAAACCGUAUCAACAAGGCUGGCGAGUUGCUGGUAACCUCAGAGGUGAGCAGGAGCCAGCAGAGAAACUUCAGUGAUUGUUUGCAGAAGAUCUCUGCCAUUAUUGCCGAGGCUAGCGAAAAGCCACAUGAAGCCACACCAGAAGAUAUCGCCCUCAGGGCAUCCAGGCUUGAUAAAAGAAACAAGGAACGAAUCAAACAGAAGAAGAUUCAUUCAGCUACCAAGCAGAGCAGGCAACUGUAGUUCCAUUGAUGUAUUAAUGUAUUUAUUUGUACUAAUGAAGUUCUUUGUAAUAAAAAUGUUUUGAAAACUA